AAACGCCUCUCGGAUAUCGAGAGCAAGAUGGCAUCGAGCACCUCCCGCGCCUCGCAAGAGGAUGAUGCGGCGAGUCAAAAAGGGACUAACUCGUUUCCGCCCAACCGUCCCCAACUAAACUACGGCUCUCUCUCCAACCCCGGUCAUGCCCUCGCUGACCCCGAGCGGCCACUUGGGUCUCUGCCUGUUCCUCCGGUCGACAAACCCUACGGGCUCCAUCGCGGUCUCUCUGCACGACAGGUGCAGAUGAUCGCGAUCGCCGGGACUAUUGGCACUGGAUUGUUCUUGGGCACGGGUCGCUCGCUCGCUCAAGGCGGGCCUGCUAGCAUGCUCAUUUGCUACGGAAUCGUUGGGUUCAUUGUGUAUGUCACGUUGCUGUUACUCGGAGAGAUGGCCACGCAGUACCCUGUAGCAGGGUCAUUCAACGCGUAUGCAACGCGCUUCUUCAGCCCCGCUUACGGUUUUGCCCUUUCUUGGAACUAUUGGUUCAACGAUGCGGUGUCUGUCGCGUCUGACCUCACCGCCGCGCAGCUGGUGUUGCAGUUUUGGCUUCCAAACUACGACAACACUUGGAUCAUCAGUCUCGUGUUCUGGUUGUUCCUCGUUGGGAUCAACGCUAUACAUGUUCGUGCAUACGGCGAGCUAGAAUAUUGGCUAUCCUCAUUGAAAGUCGCUACCAUCGUCGUAUUCAUCAUCCUCGGCAUUCUUGUCAACGUCGGAGUGAACACUGACCAUCGGUAUAUCGGAACCAAAAACUGGCACAUCCCCGGAGCACCGUUCGUUGGUGGCUUUGGCGGGUUCGCGCGUGUGUUCGUCACCGCUAGCUUCGCAUACGGGGGCACCGAGAGUUUGGGAAUCACCGCGGGCGAAACGAAGAACCCAUCGAGGAAUAUGCCAAGGGUUGUGAAGUUUGUUUUCUGGAGAAUUCUGCUCUUUUACAUCCUGUCCAUCGCCCUUAUUGGCCUUAACGUUCCUUGGAACUAUCCCGGGUUAUCCAACAAGACCACAACCACCUCACCGUUCACUAUCGUCUUCAAGGAAGCUGGAUCUCAUGUGGCUGCUUCCUUUAUGAACACCGUCAUCCUCACUUCCGUACUAUCCGCUGGAAACCACGCGUUGUUUGCGGGCACUCGUGUCCUCUACGGUUUGGCGUCGGUGGAGCCACAAGCUCAUGCGCCUAGGUUCUUCAAGCGCACUACAACCCGCGGUGUGCCACUCCCAGCGUUACUGGCGACUAGCAGCAUCAGCGCGAUCUGCUUCGGGGCCAGCUUUGUGGGCCAAGGACAACUGUGGGGCUGGCUGCAGAACAUAGUAGGAGUGUCAAAUCAAAUUGCGUGGUUGUCGAUCGGAUUGGCAAGUUGGAGGUUCAGAAAGGCGUGGAUCCAACAGGGCCGGUCUUUAGACGAGAUGAAGUUUCGCGCGCGUUGGACAUGGCCCUGGGGCCCGCUCUUCGUUAUCGUGUCCGUCACCUUCCUCAUCCUCGUCCAGGGCUGGUCCUCAAUAGCCCGGCACUUUUCCGCCGUGGAUUUUGUCUCCUUCUACAUCGAGUUGCCCGUCAUGCUCGUGAUGUUUACCGCCUGGCUCUUCAUUCGACGUCCAGCUCAUACAGGUGAUGGGAUCAAUGCACCAUUGUUAUCGGAGGCUACAGAUGGUGUUCCAGGUCGUCCGAGGCGUGAUUGGUGGAAAGGUGAUCUUGUGGAUACCGAAAUAGUCGAUUUGAGGAGAGAUGAAUACGAGGAAGGAGAAGAGGAGAGAGAGGAAGAUGUGGAGAGAAUAUUGAGGCUCAAAGGGCGCGCAGGAUGGCUGUGGAGGUUGUACUACUGGAUUGUCUGACGACACCGACGGGCGCUCACAUCGUUUCCGAAAUAAGUGAUGUAUUAGGUAC